AAAUAGCAUCACUGGGUAUCACCCUACUUCGGAAGGACUCCUCUCAGGCUUCUUUGUACAUGACAGUUGAAUUCGCCAUUAGCGUGUGAAGUGUGUUAUGAAGCGAUAAGUGACGUCGCAGUCAGCUGAUCGUGCGAAGUUGCCUGCGAAUGGCAGUCAGUCCUCUUUUGUCGUAGAACAACUUUCUCGUAGCAAUUUUCAUUAGUGUUUCUUGCACGGCAAGGUUUUGUUUCAGUUUUCUCGUCGAAAUCUUUAUUUAGUUUUUCCCGAAGCACUUUUCCACGAUUGCUUGUGUGACGAAAAAAUCUCGUCAUGGGGCUCGUUUGCUCAACAGCUCAACUUGCGUGUUUAUGCGGAAGCACAGCUUGUAGCUUCUGUUGCUCUCAAUGUCCAUCAUGCAGGAACAGUACAAGUACUCGCAUCAUGUAUGCGUUGCUUUUGUUGUUGGGAACUAUUGCAGCCUGUAUUACUUUAGCUCCUGGUCUUCAGAAUGCUCUUAAAAAGGUUCCAUUCUGUGCAAAUAGUUCCAAUUAUGUUCCAUCAGAUUUUACCUUUGAUUGUGACUCUGCAGUUGGUUACUUAGCAGUCUACAGAAUAUGUUUCAUUCUCUCUUUGUACUUUUUCUUGAUGUCUGUAAUAAUGAUCAGAGUUAAAAGUUCACGAGAUCCGCGAGCAGCCAUACAAAAUGGAUUCUGGGCAAUCAAGUAUCUUUUGAUAAUUGGAGGAAUUGUUGGUGCUUUCUUUAUUCCGGAAGGGUCGUUUGGACCUACUUGGAUGUAUUUUGGGAUGUUAGGAGGUUUACUUUUUAUAAUUAUUCAAUUAAUUCUCAUUGUUGAUUUUGCUCAUUCUUGGGCUGAUGCAUGGGUAGGAAAUUAUGAAGAAACUGAAUCAAAAGGAUGGUAUUUUGCACUGCUGGCUACAACUCUCUUGAAUUAUAGUAUUUCUAUUGCUGGAGCGGUAUUACUUUAUAUAUAUUAUACACAUGCAAAUACAUGUGCUCUCAACAAAUUUUUCAUUUCAUUUAAUUUGAUUUUGUGCGUCAUCACUAGUAUUAUAUCAGUUUUACCAACUGUACAAGAACAUCAACCAAGAUCUGGGCUUCUUCAGUCUUCCGUAGUAACAUUAUAUGUGCUAUACUUAACAUGGAGUGGUAUAUCAAAUAGUCCAGAUCACGAGUGUAAUCCUGGCAUGCUUGGUAUACUUUCUCGUAAAGAUCAUGUCGCAUUUGAUAAAGAAAGUAUUAUUGGACUUAUAAUCUGGUUUAGUUGCGUUCUAUACAGCUCUUUGCGUACAGCAUCUAAAUCAUCGAAAAUUACAAUGUCUGAAAAUAUAUUGGUUCAGGACAAUGGAGCUGUCAAGAAUGCAGGAGAGCAGUCUCUUAUCAGCAAUGAAGAUUAUACUACAGUAGAAGGACGCAAUCCUGAUGCAGAGAAUGGAAGUGAUGCCAAAGUUUGGGAUAAUGAGGAAGACAAAGUGGCAUACAAUUGGAGUUUUUUCCAUCUCAUGUUUGCUCUCGCUACUUUAUAUGUUAUGAUGACUCUUACAAACUGGUAUAAGCCAAACUCUUCUUUGGAAACCUUAAACGCAAAUGCUGCUUCAAUGUGGGUAAAGAUCCUUUCUUCAUGGAUGUGUUUGGGUCUUUAUGUAUGGUCAUUAGUAGCACCUGCUGUUUUCCCGAAUAGGGAUUUCUCUUAAAUAAGUGGAUUUACUGUAAAAUAUCCAACAAUCUAUGUGAAACAGCUAAGACAACCCCAAUAGAAUUUUGUUGUAAUAUCAGUCUAUUGUCGAACAUACGUAACUACAACUAUAAAAGAAGUUAAUUGGAACCAGUAUCAUUCAAUAUGUAAGACAGUUGUCAUAUAUGUUAUUUGCAUUUCAUUCUAUGACAUAUAUAUAGAAAUUAUUUUUUGAAAUCAUUUCUCUUAUAUUUAACAUACAUGUAUUUGGUAUAAAAGUAUGAAUACACUCUCUCUUUAGAACAUUUAAAUAAUUCAAAUUAUUAUUUUCUGCAUUUAUCUAUUCUUAAAACAAUAAAAGAAAGAUUCAUAUAUAGAUAUACUUCACUUUUAUAGAUAUAGCUAUGUAAAAUAUACUUAAGUUGUAAUAGUCAUGGGCAAGUAUAAAGUAAUUGUAAUAUUAACUAAAAAUGCAUUUGAUUUAUUGGAAAAGACGUUACAGUAAUUACAUUAUUUACAUGUGACGAAUGUUAUGUACCGCAAGAUUAUGUUUUCCAGCGGCGCUCGAAACAUACAGAAUGUCCUCUAAUUCGCGAAUAAAAAUAUUAUAACAUGAAAGUUUAUUCUCAAAAAACAAAAUAAAACAGUUCUUUAUGAUUCUUCAAUCCAAGAAAUAGUUUUUAAAAUAUAUUAAAACUGGUCAAUAUUAGACUGUACAGUUAAACAGUCGUUUAUUCCUUAAAUUGUGCGUAUGACAGUAUUAGUGACUCACGGAUAAGCGACCGCUUAACCAUAGAGCUUGAUUGCCCAAUUUUAAACACUUAUAUUUCAAAUAUUGUUGCUUGGAUUGAAAAGUCAUAAAGAACUUUUUUAUUUCGUUUUUGAAGAACUUUCAUGUUAUAAUGUUUUGAUGUGCAAAUUACGGGACACCUUGUAUAUUAUGAAAAAUUUUAAUAUAUUUAAGUUCUACCAUGUAUUUAUGUACAUUUUAUUGUGAUAUAAUCAAAACAUAUGUCUUUUAUUCUUUAUGCCCUGUGCGAUAGCUGACAAUUAUAUUCAGAGAGAUUAUAUGUAAGUUGUAUUUCUUGAACGAUGUAAUACAUAAAAAUUAAGAACAAAAUAAAACAAUUAUGUGUGAAAAGUGUA